AAGGGUCUUGGGUGGUGUGGCAGCGCCUGUCUGCAGCCCUGGGCCUCGCACCCUAGCUUGUAGACCUGCAGGCUAGGCUGCCCCUGGGGAGGGGGUUGAAUGGGUGUUGAUGGGGGCUUUUCCUCCAAUCAGAAGCAAAUCCAAACCAAUUCUCUAACAUUCUAUCAAGUCUGAUCUGCAACUGAAUUAAAACAUCGCUUUCUAGCCCUAACUCAGUUAAAGCCUGGCAGAAAACGGAGGUCAGCUUCGCCUUCACCUGUCCUGCGACAGCCCAGUCUUGUGUGCCCCCGAAGCUCCUGCUGCCUCUGCUCCUCCCAGACCAGGGCUGGGUGUCUGCCUUCCUGGCCAGCCUGUGCUCCUGAUGUUCCCUCCCUGCAACCCCACUUGUCCUCUUACAUGCCUUUGGCAUUUACCAGAUUAUUACUGGUCUGAACUGGAAGCUAACCACAAUGAUGUCAGUCAUAACCGUACCCCGCCUGUCACUGAACUGGAAAUGCUCUGGUGUAUAAGGUGGGCUGCCUGUUGCAACCCCAGCCCUGGGGGUCUCCCAGUCCCAGUGCAAAUAUGGUGACUGUGAUCAUGUCCUGUAAAGGACAUGUAUCUAACCGGUUCCCACUGGGCUUCUCCUGCUGGGUUUGGAUUUGGUUUCCCUUCUCUCUGUGCAAGCAGUGGUUGUGGAGCAUUGCUGUGAGUUGUGAAACGCCUGCUGGGGUCUGCUCCAGCAGUGGCCCCUUCUCAGCUGUGAGCACGGUGAUCCCAAAUACAUGUGAUUGCCGCCUGCUCUGGUGCAAGCAGGUGGCAGGCGCAGGGGUCCCUGCUUGGGGACAUGGGAGCAGCUGUGCACAGCACUCUCCUGUGCAGGCAGGGGGGGCUGUGAGCACAGUCCAGCCCCCAUAGGGCCUGUUUUGGAUCAUUUUGAGGUCUUGCAAAGCCCUGAUAUUGUGUGCAGGGAUGAGGUGGGUGCCCAGUUUGUGUGCUGGUGGUAACAUCGUCUUCCUUUUUUUUAUUUUUUUUUUCCCACAGACUGCUCUCAGUGCUUUUUUCCAAGAAACAAACAUCCCUUACAGCCACCACCAUCAGAUGAUGUGCACUCCCGCCAACACGCCGGCCACACCGCCCAACUUCCCCGACGCCCUCACCAUGUUCUCCCGCCUCAAGGCCUCCGAGAGCUUCAACAGCAGUAGCCCUGUGGCCUCCAUGGCAACUUCCCCGCCGCCCCCGGCCCCGCCACUGCCUCAGCAUGGGGCCUUCAACCCCACCUGGCCCGCAGCUUCGCCCCCCGGCCAGCAGCAGAGCAUGUGGACUCCGGCCCCCCCGGCACAGCCCGCGGGCUGGCCAGCCGCCGUCUCCCAGCAGGCCACGGCAGAACAGAAGGCCAACGUGACCAUGGAAGCAGAGAGAUGAGGCUGUGGCAGAGAGCGAAUGCAGCAGGGACCCCUGCGUAUAAAUAUAUAUAUAUUUUUUUUUCCCCCUCCCUGAAGAGGAGAGGAACUCUGCUGCCAGGGCGUCUGGCAGCUGCUGAGACACAUGAGCAAAUAGCUGCCUUGCAUGGGUUUGGUUUGAAGUAGUUUUUACUUGUCCUCGAGCUGAACAGAGCUCCCCAGAGACAGCGGGAGGCUGCGUGGGAUGCAGGACUGGUGCUGGCCUCUGCCUGGGACCCUGCCGCUGCUGGGCUCUCGGAGAGGGAGACCCCCUCCUCUCUUGGGACACCGGAGUUUGCAUGCGAGUGACAUUUACAGAGGAGGUCCCUUCUUCACGGUCCCUGGGCCACCCCACCUGGCAGAGUGGGUUGUGCCUCAGUGUUUCCCCCCAUCCCUUGGCCCCACUUGACUGGGUGGGGGGAAGACAUCCUACACGGCUUGUUUUUUGUAAGGGAGGGGAGAGAGCAAGGGCUGUUCCUGCUCAGCCACAGCCUCCACCCUGCAUGCGCCAUGCUUGCUGGUGAGCAGGGCUGGGGAUACCGGCUUCGGGAGAUGUGCCUGGCCCCUCGCCCAGCCCUGGCGAUGGGGGAGCAGGGUGUGAGCCAGCGGUGGGCCAGCACACUCUCCCCUCACCCUCCCGGGAUGGGGUUUGCCCCGGGGCUGUUUGCAUGACACAGUGUAUUCCUAGAGACUGGGAUCGUUUUUAACUCCUCUGUUCUUUUCUCCCGGCGGCUGGAAGUCUCUCCGGAUGUGCCGCAGACGCUUGCAAUAACAUGCUCUUCUGCUUUGAA